ACCGGGGGAGUCUGGGUCAUGUACUAGAGUCACCUGCCAAUUAGCAGUCAUUGCAUCAUGCGUCCCUCCAGUCGGUCUGUGGCGGGCUGGCAGGGAGGGGAGGGAUGGAAGGCUCUGCACCACAUGGCGACCACGCGCCCAGCUUUAUUUGCACUGCUGGUUUUCAAAGAGGGGACGAUUUUUGUUGGUGGUCGCGCGGUUUCCGUCGCGGGCUCUUGCAACAUAGGGCGUAUUGCACAAUGUCUUGCAAAAGUCAUGUACUUAUUUUACGGCUUUAUUUGCUACUGGAUACGCGUGAAGAUUUCGAGACCCACCCUACUGCCUUCUGCUCCACCUGACCAAAACCCGACCAAAAGAGCCUAUAUACAAGAAAGCUGCUAUUUCCUGCAACUGCGGCUAUACCGCACUUGCCUGUCUUUUUUAAUCCCCUGGCACCAAGAAGUAGCAUUUGAAUCCGUUAGGCAUUGUCCUGAACACUCUUUGCGACUAAAUAAAUUCGACAGUGUGUUGUGAUUGUCUUCCUACUCAGCUCCUGGGUGGCUUAGCAUCUAGCAAUCAUGGCACUCCCACUUGGAACUCCGCAACAGCCGCAGUAUUGCUGCAGUACAUGGGUGGGUUGGUGACACGGCUCUGCGCAGGAAACGCGUACUGGGUUAGCAAAUGUAGUUCCGCGUGAAGCCUAACUUGGGGAAGGGGAAAUUGGCAUUGCGCAGCCGAUUGGCGA